AUGUUUAGUAAUUUAAUGAAAAUUGGGGUAAAAAGACUUCAUCGUUUGGCAGCAAUUCCCUCAGAGUCGAUGUUGGCCCAAAAAAAUAAUCUGAUACGAUGCCUUUUUAAACGAGACUUUUAUGAACUUUUCUGUCGAUGUACAAAUAAUGAAAUGAAAAAAUCUGUUCAAAGACUUGUUAAUGUUUCACAACAAAUGCUAGAAGAGUGUUAG